AUGGAGAAUUCGGUUUCAAAGGCGAUUGCAAAAGCACAACAGUUUUCUGGCCAUUUAGACUUGAAAGAGUAUCAACGGCAGACCAUUGAAGCCUAUCUAUCUGGCAGAGAUGUGUUCGUUUCGGCACAGACAGGAUAUGGGAAAAGCUUAACCUUUGAGUUAGCUCCGCAUGCUUUCGAGUACUUGUCGGAAAAUAACAAGUCGCUGGUUCUCGUUGUCGUUCCGUUGGUCGUGCUUUAUAUGAAAGACCAAGUUAGCAAUUUGGUCAGUCGUGGAAUUCCUUCUUUCUAUAUUGGAGACGACUGCUCGGAAAAUUAACUGAAAUCUAUCUUAGAUUUCAAAUCCAGAAUCGUAUUUGGGAGUCCCGAAGCACUUCUGAAUAAUUAUUAUAUAUUAUUAUAAUCCGCUACAUAUUUCGACACUUGAAGGAGAGCUUGAAAGCCGUAUUUAUCGAUGAAAGUCAUUGCAUCGCCAAGUGGUAAGUGGCAUAUAAACUUGAAAAAUUCAUGUAUGAGGGCUUGAAGCUAGCUUUAUUGCGCGGAGAAGGACGGGAAGUAGUUCUUCUCCGCGCAAUUUUGAUGCUUUCUAUAUAUUUACUAUUAAAGUUUCAAAAUUUUCCACGCGCAAUUUCCAAAUUUUCCAGUCAGGGCUAGCUUGCCUGAAAGAACAGUGGUCAGAACAGGUCCAUGCUAAUUUGCAUAUUACAUUAUAUUUGCCUAUUAAAUUGUUCAAUAUACAGUAGUCUCGACAGUAGUUAUAUUUCAUGUUGUUGCUUGUCCUAGUUGGACACAUAGGGCUGUUACUUUAUAUAUUUAACAGAGUAAAGCAAUUUUCUACGUUUUCCCUAUGUCACGUGCACUGUAUCAACAACAAAGUAUCCCAUACGAGCAAAUAAACUUGCUACACAAUAAACUUAUCAUAGAAAACCUGCUGGUCUGCAACCGCCUAAUAAAGAACUAUCUACAGUAAGCAUUAUUGUAAAAUAAUAUCUUAUUAAUAAACACAUGGUUUGUUUUUUAAGGAAAAGGAUAGCCUCACAGAGGAAGCUUUCAGAAGUGAUUAUGGUCGACUUGCAGAGCUAAGGUCGUUGGUGCACAAGAAUGUUCCUUUCAUUGCACUCACUGCCACAGCAACAGAAGCAACACGGAAGACCAUCAUAAAGGAUCUCUGUAUGAGGGAUUGUGUCCAGAUUCUUGGUGACCCAAACAAGCAAAAUAUACGGUAUACCAUUACAGAUGUUGAUCAUAAAAACUUGUAUGACACAUUUAAACCCAUCAUCAAUGAGUUGGAAGAAAAGCAGAUUAAUACUACAAAGGUGAUGGUGUUUUGUCGAAGAAAAGAUCAUGUAAAGGAGUUAUUUGAACUAUUUACUCAGUGUCUUGGCCAGAAAGCAUAUUACCGUCCAACUGGAGAGGAACCCAUAAACGAUAGAUCCAGGUUAUUUGCAAUGUACCAUAAAAAAGCACACAGCCUUGUCAAAAAGACUGUAGAAACAGAGUUUUGUAAAGAGAAUGGCACUGUACGGGUUGUAUUUUGCACAAUUGCAUUUGGAAUGGGAGUGAAUAUCAAAGGGGGAAAUGUGGUCAUUCACUUGGGACCAUCGGGUGGACUUGAUGAAUAUCUUCAAGAAUGUGGUAGAGUUGGACGUGAUAAAACAAAUGUGUAG